UCCUCUUCGCCUCCGCUCCCUCCUCCCGAAUCCUCCCCAAUGGCGUCGUCGUCGUCUAAGCAGCCGUCGCACCGCUCCGUGUUCGACGCCGGCUACAUCCGCGCGGAGUUCGAAGCCGCCGGCGUCUCCCCCCACUUCAUCCCUCUCAUCUGGAAGUACGUGCUGCAGAACCCUAGGUGCGCCGACCUCGACGGCGUCCCGUCGCUCCCGGCGGCCGCGUACGCGCUCCUGCGGACCAAGUUCCGCCCGACCACCUCCACGCUCAGCGCCGCCGCCGAAUCCAAGGACCGGACCACCACCAAGCUGCUGAUCCGCCUCCAGAAUGGAGAAUCUAUAGAAGCAGUGAUCAUGCGGUACGAUUCACGGCUAGGGAAGUAUGACGGGAAGACACGCCCUGGAGGAGUGCGCUCAACCCUGUGUGUAUCAUCACAGGUAGGGUGCAAGAUGGGCUGUAGAUUCUGUGCGACUGGAACAAUGGGAUUCAAAAGCAAUCUUACUUCUGGAGAAAUUGUGGAACAGAUGGUCCAUGCAUCCCGUUAUUCUCAAAUUCGAAAUAUUGUUUUCAUGGGGAUGGGGGAGCCAUUAAACAACUACAAUGCUUUGGUUGAAGCAAUCCAAGUCUUGACAGCAUCUCCCUUUCAGAUUUCGCCCAAGAGAGUUACUGUAUCUACUGUUGGGAUUAUCCAUUCGAUCAACAAAUUCAACAAUGACCUUCCAAAUAUAAACUUAGCUGUGUCACUGCAUGCUCCUGACCAAGACAUACGCUGUCAUAUAAUGCCUGCUGCACGAGCGUUUCCUUUAGCAAAGCUAAUGAAUGCAUUACAGUCGUAUCAAAACGUUAGCAAGCAGACGAUUUUUAUCGAGUACAUUAUGCUUGAUGGAGUCAAUGAUCAGGAGGAACAUGCCCACCAGCUUUGUAAACUACUUGAAACAUUUAAAGUGGUUGUGAACCUGAUACCAUUCAAUCCAAUUGGCUCGUCAAGCAAUUUCAAGACAAGCAGUGAGCAGAACGUGAAGAAGUUCCAGAAGGUCCUGAGAGGCAUCUACGGCAUCCGAACCACUGUUCGCCAGGAGAUGGGUCAAGACAUAGCUGGUGCCUGUGGCCAAUUGGUGGUUAGCUUACCCGAUGAAAGAUCGGCGGGUGGUGCCACCCUUCUGUCAGACAUCGAAGACCUCAGGCUUUGAUCUCUGUCCCGCUUGUUAUUUAUGCGAUAUAUCAUCGAGAAGUCAAACUCUUAAAAAUCAGCCUCAUCGCGUGAUAGUAUAACUAGCACCAUAUAGUUUGAACCAAGCUUUAAAAUAUAGUCCUGACUGGCCAUUGUGGAUUGUGGUGUUUCCCUUGCAACUGGGAAACACAAUUUUGCUGUUGCUAACACAAUGCCACAGGCCUGGUUUUUGUGGAUAGCAAUUGGAAUGUUGGUAACUAAGCCUUGCAAUGGACAUAUAUGGUGACAGCGCAACGCGGGGUUUAUCUCCUGUCGAAAUUAGUAGAUUAUAUAUAUCUCUA